AUGCUCACCGGAGGAUAUCCGGGCAACCAGGCCGAAUGGUGUCGAGUCCCCAACGCGGAUCUUGUCUGCGUGAAGGCCCCCAAAGAUGUUUCUGCGAAGAAGCUUCUCGGACUGUGUGAUGUGCGCAAAGGAGACGUCGUCGGGGUCUGGGGCUGCGGUGCCGUUGGACUCUCCAUCCAGCGCCUCGCACUCUUCCGUGGUGCGAAGAAGGUCUACGCGAUCGACAAAGACAGGCACAGACUCGCGCUGGCCGAGAAAUACGGCUCCAUUCCGGUGGACGUGUCCGCCCACAAAGACGUGGCUGACUACAUCCUCGGCGUCGAGCCCCAUGGACUCGACCGGGGCAUCGAAGCCAGCGGCUUCCGCAGCUUCGCCGAAGGCGACAGCGGAGACACGGUCAGCGCCAUCAUCAAAGCCACCCGCAAAGGCGGCAACAUCGCCUUGAUCGGCGACUUCUUCUUCACCACGAACCAGUUCCCGAUCGGGGCCCUGAUGGAAAAGGCCAUCACCCUUCGGGGGGACAACUAUAUGCCCAAAAGGUGCCGAAUUCCUGUUCCCCACUACUUCCCGUAUCUGCUUGACAUCACCGUCAAGAACGAAUAUGACCCGUCCUUCAUGUUCACGCAUGAAGAUGACUUUGAGAACAUUUCGGACGACUACGCCAAGUUCAACACCCACGAGAUUCCUGGCGGUCUCAAGGUUUGUUUGGUGACUGAGUUUGGUCGGACGCACCCAACCGGAUAA